AUGCAUUUCACACAAGCUGCUUCUGCCAUUUUGGCAACUCUUGCAUUCUCCUCUACAGCCUUGGCUGGUGUCCUAGGGGCAACUGAUUCGUUCUGCUCCAGGUCCGCAGGCUGUGUUUGGCAAAACCCAGCUUCUUGGCCAGGUGUUUUUGAGUGCAGCUGCAAUCUUGCUUCACCAGAUGGAAAAUCUGUACUUCUUCUCCAAGGUUACACCGACUGGAACUACGAAGGAUUCCUUUACAACGGUUACUCCACUGUCGGCGUCUGCAACAAUAUGCCAGAUCUCUUCAACAAGAAUACCGAAUCAAUGAACAUUAAUGUUGACAACACACCCGCUUGUUGGCUCUACACCCAAAAGGAUUGCGUCGGUGACUACGCCGUCAUCGAUUCCAAGGGUAUCGCAGAAAUGCAAGGCUACUACGACAAAGGAGUCCAAAGUUGGAUUUGCGAUCCUUUGACUUCUUAA